AUGUCUUUAGACACUCAAAGGGUGCUGGUGGUCGUGGAUGCUUCCCGGGAUGUAAGCCUGAGCGCCAUUGAAGGGGCCAUACAAGGCUUACUACUUAAGCCUUGUGACAAGAUCUUCCUUCUCGGAGUCGUUCAUCAGCUCACGCUGCCUAUCCCAUCCCCCCCGAUCCUCCCGUGUUUUUGCUUUUUUCCAGUGGGAUACAAGAGCAAGGUGGACUCAGGUUCAAUUUUGGGAACGAAUCAGAAAUUCAUAGAUGAAGAAGUUGAGCGGAGGAAGGAAGAUUACCAAAACAACGAAGGACUUAAGCAAAUCUUGCAGCACUGCAAGCUAGGGAAGGUUGAUUUCCAAAUAGAUGUGCAAUCAGGAGAUUCACCUAAGGUUGUUGCUUUAAGAGCUGCCCGGAAUCAAAAGGCAACAUGGGUGAUACUUGAUAGGCACAUGAAGAAAGACAAGAAAUACCUCAUGGAUAGGCUGUCCUGCGGAAUAUCAAGAAUGAAACGCAACAACCAAGUCAAAGAGUUGAGAGGGCCGAUAAGAGUUACACCCACUAGGAGAAGCAUCUCAACUAGAAGCACUCCACUUCAGGUUACCUAUGAUGAAAUGGUAGAAGGCAGCACGGACGAGGAAUCUUCCAAAAAGACUUUGACCUCGGGCACUAUGGUCAAAACAGGAGACUGGGGCUCUAGCAUUAAUGAGGCGAAAAGCUCCUCCUCACAUCUCAAAGAUCAAGAGACUUCGACAAACACUGAAAGAGACACAGCUGAAGAGCAGUCUCCAAUUUCUGGCGCUGAGGUUGAAGAGAAGUGUCGCCGCAAGUUGUUUAAGGAAGUUAGUCCUGAAAGUUCACCAGUGCUGCAGAGUGAAAAGUAUAAUGAUUGGAUCAAGGGUUCAGAUGAGCUGUUUAAAAAUUCAAUCUGCUUGGUUUGCAAUAACAGACGACCAAAGAUUGGAUGGACGAGGGACUUCACUUUUGCUGAGCUUCAGGCUGCUACAGAAGGGUUCUCCCCAAAGAAUUUCCUAUCAGAAGGUGGUUUUGGUUCUGUUUUCCAAGGAGAGCUGAAUGGGCUGAGAAUCGCUGUUAAACAACACAAGAAUGCAAGUUCUCAGGGAGAGAAGGAAUUCAAGUCUGAGGUCAAUGUACUCGGUAAUGCUAGGCAUGAGAAUUUGGUCAUGCUGUUGGGUUCCUGUUCAGAAGGAAACCAAAGGCUGCUUGUAUAUGAAUAUGUCUGUAAUGGUUCACUCGACCAGCAUCUAUCAAAACACUCUCAUAGACCUCUUAGUUGGGGAAAAAGGAUGAAAAUAGCUAUGGGAGCUGCAAGAGGUUUACAAUAUCUGCAUGAAAAUAAUAUCAUCCAUAGAGAUAUGAGACCGAACAAUAUCCUUGUGACACACGAUUUUGAGCCGCUGCUAGGAGAUUUUGGCCUCGCAAAAACUCAAUAUGAGGACUCGGAUUACUCCUCAGAUACAAGAGUAGUUGGGACUUUAGGAUACCUGGCCCCGGAAUAUGCAGAAUGUGGAAAAGUGUCCACCAAGACAGACGUCUACGCCUUUGGUGUUGUGCUACUACAGCUGAUCACCGGACUCCAGACGACAGACAAAGAACUUGGAGGAAGAAGUCUCGUGGGAUGGGCUAGGCCACUAUUAAAAGAAAGAAAUUAUCCGGCUUUGAUUGACCAUAGAAUAAUAGACUCCCAUGAUGUUCACCAACUGUUUUGGAUGGUUCGGGUGGCAGAAAAAUGCCUCACCAAGGACCCUCGGAAGAGACUGACAAUGGACACUGUAGUCACCGCACUAACGUGCAUAAUGGAGCGCAGAUCAGUUCUCUAUAUAAGAGACUACUCCCCUGCAAACUCGGAUUCAGUUGGCAGCAUCCCAGAGUCCAUGGACUCACCGUGUGAAGACAAUAAAGACGACAAAAGCUUCGCUCCUACACCUACUGCUAAUAGUAUGUUGUGUGCGAGUAUAAGGCUUCCACCAUCACCUCCAUCAGGAAGCGAUUGUUGUGGAGGAUCCACUGCAUGCGUAGGCACCACUAUGACUGACGGAAACAGCAAUGAAUGAUCAUCACAGACAGCUUUGCCAUGCCGUGCGUGACAUUGCCGCUAAGAUGUGAGCUUCGUGAACUCUAAAAGCUAGCGAAAAGGGUAACUCCCUCCCAAUGGAAUUCAAACAGAGGUUCGGGAAGAUUUCUCAUUUGUGAAUUGGCUAUUUUCGUUUCCUGGUUUGCUAUUUUGUAACAGAACCGAAAUUCUGAAUUAGACAACGUUACAUUACAAC